AUGCCAAAAACUUUCCGGACGAGUCGAACCCUUAUCUACCAUUCCAAGUCAACAAGAGAGAAACACCGUACCAGAGGCUCCUCUACCCCCAGGACAGGGGUGACAGGGCGCCCCGGCCGUGCCGCAGCACCUGCGGACCCUUCACCCACGGGGCGGUGCCCCCGACACCCGCACACCGAGCCCGGGCCGCCCCGCACACGGCACCGCCGGAGCCCCGCGAUGCCCAGGGCAGAGCGGAGCGGGCGCGCCGCUGCCCCCGACCCGCAGCCCUGCACCGAGGGGACGGAGAGCGGGCCCGGGAACUACGGCAGCCAUGAACCGCCCGAACCCAGCGCUCCCCCGGGGCCCCGCCGGAGCGGCCCCGCCGCGCCCUUUGUUUGGCAGCGGGAGCGCCGCCUCCCCCACAGCCCGUGCCCUUCCCCUGCCCUUCCGCGGCCGGCCCGUACCCCCUGCCUUCCCGCCAACACUCACCCCACGGCCGGGCGCUCUCGGCCCCUGCGGCGGCUGCUCGAGCCCAGCAGGACCCUGACACGGAGGGAGGCGGCGGUCCCGAGCGCUGCUCAGCUGGGCCCGGCGGCGCCCGCCAUCUUCCGCCACUGCACUCCGCCCGCCCGGGCCGUGACGCGCGGGGGCGGCUCCGCCGGCUCCGGCCGCGCCCAUCGCCGCGAGCGGCGGCAACAGCGGGCACGGGCCCGGCCCUGCCCGGGAGCUGCGGGCACCGCCGGCCCGGCGCGGAGCGGGCCUGGCUGA